AUGGAAGAACUUCUUCUCCGCUAUCAAACUGUCUACGGUCCGCCGACCAAAGUCACUGCUGCUCUCCUCAGCUCCGACGGCAGAACCCUCCUGACUGAGAAGACACUAAUUCCACAACGCUGGACCGAGCACUUCCGAGACGUCCUCAAUCGUCCUUCCACCAUCUCCUAUGCCGACAUCGCCCGUCCGCCUCAAGUGGAGACCAACGUGGACCUCGACCUCCCGUCCUCUCUUCACGAAGCCAUUAGGGUCGUGCAGCAGCUCUGCAGCGGGAAAGCGCCCGAAUCGGACGCGAUCCCUGCUGAGAUCUACAAGCAUGGUGACCCACAACUAAUGGAUCACCUGACUUCGCUCUUCCAGGAGAUGUUGCGUCAAGGAGAAGUUCCGCAGGAUUUCAAAGACGCCACAAUCGUGCAUAUAUACAAGCUAAAUGGUAACCGCCAGCUCGGGGAUUCACACACUGGGACGUCGCUCCCCAAUUGUUGUUGUGAAUCAAAAAUCUAG